AUGAAGUCUUCUCUGGCCUUUUCUGUCCGGCAUGCGGUUGUCCCAGUGAUGGGAUGUAAUUUGCUUUUUCCCGUCCGCCGCGUGUAUUGUGUUGGGCAGAACUACACGGAACACGCGAAGGAAAUGGGUGGGCAGGUUUCCAAGUCCAAUCCAUUUUUCUUCACAAAGCCCCCUGAUGCGGUUGUCAGUGGUGAGACGAACCAUACGGCGGCAAUGGAUGUCAACAUCCGUUAUCCUCCUCAGACCAACAACUACCAGUACGAGGUGGAGCUGGUUGUUGCCAUUGGCGAAAGUCACGGUGGCAGGGAGAAGUACAGGGCCAUUUCUCCUCUAGAAGCACACACAGUCAUCUACGGCUACGCUGUGGGUCUUGACAUGACACGACGGGAUUUGCAGUUGGCAGCAAAAAAGAAUGGGAAGCCGUGGGAUUUGGCGAAGGGUGCUGACGAAAGCGCUCCACUCUCGGCCAUCGUACCCGUGAAGCUCAUUCGAGAAAAGGCAUCCGCUUUGUUUUACGCGACGGAUGCGAAUUACAGAGAAGCGAUGUAUGCAAAAGCUCAGGGAGGGCCCACUGUUCUUCGUCGGGGAGACAUUGAGCUGCGUGUGAACGGGGAACGUCGGCAGAAGGGCAACUUGUCAUCAUUUGUCACCCCCAUCGACGAGCUGCUCUCUAUUUUGUCGCAUUCCAUUGAGCUGGCGCCCGGCGACCUCAUUUUCACUGGAACUCCGGCGGGUGUUUCUGCCGUGAAACCCGGCGAUGAGGUACGGGCAACGAUUGAAGGGGUCGGUGAAAUUACUGCGCGGCUGCACUGA